AUGACGUACCGGUCAGCGCCAAAACCACCUAACGUAAUGCUCAAGAUUAAAGCAGUAGACCAACGGUAUCCUACAGUCCAAUUGCAUAAUAAAUUUUUCAUAAAUCUACGUCUUCCUAGGCAUAAUAUAUCACCAUUUACUGUACAAUUUGUCCUAUAAUAUUGUCGUGGAGAAGCUACAGAGCUACAAGAAUUUUUUUGAUGACACUCGUGCUCCCAGUGCUCAGUUUGAUAGCAGUAACGACAUAUAUACUUUUUUUGAAAGAAUUGUUCACCCUUGAAGUUUAAUAUAUCAAUCUAUAUAAAUAUAUGUCGUGUAAGAUAGUAAAAUAUACGAUCGUGUUACUUACAACACAAUCAAUAUUCUCUAAAACAGAACAAUUAGCAACGUAUACAGCUCCAUAUACACAAUUCAGAUUUAAAUUACAUUUCAAACAAUCUCCACUUAAUUCUGAACAAGCGACACCACUUGGACAUAGUCUUGAAAUUUCUUCCUGUUAACAUUGUAACAACAAUGUUUCAGCAAUUUCUUCUUUUUUGUUAUUAGAGCAAUGUAAAUUUUAUCUUACCUUCGUGCUACUAUAUGCUGGUGUCGAGUUUACGUUUGCUUCUUUUUGUGCAUAUUUGAUUGCACUUUCUGUAAUUAAAUUUAUAUUAAUAUUAUUUACAAGUUUGUUCAAGAAUAAUUUGUACAAAAUACUUAAAUUUAAAUUAUAAAUUUACCAUAACCCAUAUGAGCCUGUUUGAUAGUUGUCGAGAAAAUUGCCAAUAGAAUAAAAAUCACAUUUUUCGAAUUAAUUCGAACAAUAUUCAUUAUGAAUAUUAUUUAAUUAAUCGAACCGAUAGCCCACACAUAGAAGACUCGAUGAUAUUUCAGUUAUUUACAUUUGAAAAAUCAUAAUUCCGUUCUGUCCAUUCUGUCAGCUCGUUUGAAAUCCAAACAAAAUUUCAUUCGUCCCUAAUUAAAAACUGAUCUUGUAAACUAACACUAAAUUAAAAAAUAAUUGAAUUUCCUCCCGAUCAAAACAAAGCAACGUGAUUCUAGGGACUAACGAUCUUGGAUUUUUUUUACAUUCGUUCUUUUGACGUUAUCUAAAUUCCUAGAUAAUGUUCCACAAGUUAUAUCUUACAAUUAGAUGGAAAAAAAGUGUCACUUUGCAAAGAAUUUUUUUUUUAAGAUUAAGAUUAUCAAUGUUAGCAUUAUUUUAUUGGGACAUUUAAAUACUUAUACAUAAAUUGCAUAAAUCAUCUUCUAUUAUUAGAAAUAUUUCGAUUUACUAUCAAUAGACUAUACAAAUAGAUAUAUAAGUCUACGAUUGGCUGAUACUUUCCUCAAACUGUAAGAGUAGAUUAUUUGUUAUUAGGAUGAUUCCUGAUUUAAAAGAGAAUCUAUAUAGUAUUUCCUUUCAGGGAAAUGAUAGACAUAUCGUAGCAUGCAAACGCAUAAGAUAAUAUUUUGUAAAUAUUGAAAUUUUAAUUAUUUUACUAAUGUAAAGACAAGACGGGAGAAUUUUCUUUCAAUGAAUUUGUGUUCGUAGGAAUAAAACCGAUGUGAAAUUACUAUCUAAUGCUGUAAAUGAUUAAAUAAGUUUCUCGCAAGAGAAAUGUGCAGCAAAUAACAAACUUGUGUGUUAGUUACGUUUGUUUCUACUAAUCAGCUGACUUCCGGAACUAAUACGAGAGAAAAUGUUAGUGAGGCCUUUCAUUCUUUUCACUUGACAGAAUAGCAUACCUAUAAGCAAACAAGUUUUUUUAUUUAAUUUUUAAUUUCGUGAAUCAAAGACUGAUACAGUUAGCGCAUUGCAAUUUGAACUUGCUUCAAAAGAAAGUAAAUGAUAAACUUUGUAUAAUUGUGAGAUACUGUUAGAUAAUAAUCCGAAGGUAAAUAGCAUUCGCGAACACAUUUUUAUGACGUACAGUAUUAUAAGUCAGCUGUAAUAACUCAUCAUUUGACACAAUUUUACAACUGUACAUUAAUAAAUAAAAAGAAUUAUCUACAGUUAAUUAUAUUCUGAUACGAUAUAUUUAUAAUUUAAAGUAGACAAACAUAGUCAUUUUAGUUCAUUUUUUAAUAGAUAACUUGCUGCUACCAUCUUAAAAAUAAUAUGAGUUCUGAAGAAGGUGCGAGUACCAGUCAGAACAAAAAUGAAACAAGAUUAGAUGAAAAUUUUAAACAAAAUGGUACUCAAUCGAUUGAACAGUCGACUAAAUCGUCUAAAGUUAUACAACUUGAAAGCAAAUUAAAUGGAGAUCAAAUGAAAUUAAAUAACAAGCUGGGAGACAACAGUGCCAAGAAUCAUUUGUCUUCAAAAGCUUCAGUUGCAUUUGCGAAUGGUACAAGAUCUAUGCAGACUAAUACAUGUAAUUUCACUAAUAGUACGGACCAAGAUAUAAAUCAAGACAUAUUGGAUGCAAGUGUAUCUCCUAUGUUUUUGAAUACUAACAAUAUCAAGUCUCAAACUUUGAAUACUACCGUUACAAGUCAAUUGAAGCAUAAGACUAUAGUGAGCACGAGUGGUUUGAACUUACCUAAGCCUCCGAUGAACUUGAAUUUAUCUUCCAGUCAAAAUAAUACGCAUACGAAUCAUUGUAUAUCAGGUUCUUAUAGUACUGGCACUAUAUCAAAUGCUACUUUGUAUUUAAAUAAUUCGGUUCCAUCUACUUCAGUUUCAUCUAUAAUACAGUCAAAUUUGUCAAUAGCUAAACCAAGUGAGGAUAUUGAUAUGAAAAAUAAUGUAGAUUAUGUUUCUGGAAUUGAAAAAUGUCCAUCAAAAGUGUCAUGCAGUUCGGAUUCUAGUCCUGAAGUGGAUAGUGUCUGGGCAUCAAAAUCCUAUGGAUCUAAUAGCUUAUUAAAUAAUAUAGGAGGUAGUAUAGGUUCAACAAGUCAAGGAACAUGUUGUUUUUUAAGACCUAAUAUUAAUGGGAAUAAAGAGGUAGCAGGACCAAGUGGAUUACAAAAAAAUACACAAAUAGAACAAAAUGAGAGGCGAGAUUCAAGUUCUGGAAAUGAAGGUGAUAUGUCAGAUGGAGAAGAUUAUUGUAUUUAUACAUAUAAAGGAAAUGAUGACGCAGUACAUUUAAUUCAAAAGGAAGAAAUAAAUCAAGGACAAGUGGAAGAACGUGAGGAAGAGCAAUGUCGCAGUGGUAGAUCAAGUCCAGAAAUGGACUUUUUGGAAAUGGAUUUUGAUCCUGGGCCUUCUUGUGAGCAGGAUACAGGAGACAGUGAUUUGGCCUCUAUAAAUGAAGAUAUACAGAAUAUAGCGUUAGAUAAUGUAGAUCCAGAUCCAGUAUUAAAUGACUUAAGUAGCGGUAAAGUUGUGGCUAAACAAGGAAUUGCAUCUACAUCUCAAAACCCAAAGCAAAGUGUACAAAAUGUGAAUAAUACAGAGCCUCAGCAAUGUUCCAGCAGUAAUCCUUCUGUUCCUGAACCAAGUAUAAAACCAAAUUAUCCAUCACCAUGGAUGCCAAGUACUAGCAGUGCAGCAGGAAAAUGGGAUACUAACAAAAUAUAUCGCAAUACGAGGUGUCCUUUGAGGGAAUCAUAUGGAUAUCACAGUACAAGUGGAGAUCUUAUUUCACCAGGUGAUAAUAGAGAUUCAGAUGCGGAAUUGUGGGUUGAAUCUUCAUCAGCUUCUGUUCCGGAAAAUUCAAAUUUAAACUCUCGGAGAGUGAAUCUCAGUUCAACUCUUUAUCAUCGUAUGAUGGCAAAGAAAUUGAUGCUCAAUAAGCAAGCUGCAUUUAAUCAGAGUGGUGACUCAAAUCUAGAAAACGAAUUAUCAAAUGAACGAUUAGAUGGCCUUUUACCAGUUGAAAAAAUUAUGUUAUGGAGCGAACAAGAAGCCACAGUGAAACAAGUAACUCAAAUAGGAACUUCUGCGUGUGGUGCUACUGCUGCGAUAAAUGCUUUGUUGGCUUUAAAUGUACCAUUUUCAUUAGAAACAUUAAUAAAAAGUGUGAACACUAGGCAAAGAGAGCCGGGUACACCAUUACCGCGAUAUUUAUACAGUCGAUCAGUGGCUGGAUCGACGCACAGAGAUUUGGCUCGUGGUAUAGCUUUAUGUACAAAUGGAUCAGUUAUAACAAAAUUUUUUACGUUUUAUCCUGAAAGAAAAGUUUCAUUGUCUCAUUGGUUACAUUAUUGGAUAUCAAAAGAGACAUCCCAGUGUAUUUCAGGUGCUGCGCCCAUAGCAACGCUAAAUUUGCAACAUUGCGGAGAAGGAUGUGAUAUUCCGGAUGCGUGGCACCAUCAAAUGAUAUUUGGUGUAGGACAAGCAGGGAUUUAUUUAACUAAUCCAUUGGAAUGUUUGCCUGAACAGUACGUUUGGCAUCAACUUGUAAGUCCUAGUAUUUUACUAGUACGAAGAUCGGAUGUUUUAGCGCAUUGGAAUCCGAAUACCGAUUUAACGCCGUUGGCUGCUAUGGAUCAAAAGUGGCGAAAACUUAACGUUUUUGGUCAAGUUGUAAAUAUGGUACGCGAAGCAAUGACUCAGAAACGCCAACUUAAUAAUCUGACUACUGGUGUAACUCACAUUCGUAUACCUGCAUCUUAUCAAGCAGGUAUUACAUUAGUUAUGUGUGCAAACUCUGCAGCUGCUUCUGAAUUGUUAUAUACUGAACAAUUACCAUUACUCUAG